GGUCAGAAUUUAACACUGGUUGCAUGAGAUUGAUUUAUACAAUUUUACUUCACUGGAGAGGUCUGGCCCAUUCCGAAAUCCCUUAACGUAGCUUCCCGCUACCUAUAUUGCCAAAGAUGAGGACUCUAACUAUUUUAUUGGCAUUUCUGUACUCCUGUACAGCUCAACUAGCACUGCUAACAGAAGAACUGAUCACAGCUAAGGAGGAGGUGGCCUUCACUGCUGCUCUUCAGCCUUCAUCAUGGGAUAAUAGUGGUUUUGGGAAAAUAGGACCUUUCGACACGGAGAUCACCUUGGAACAUGGCAACGUUUUGACUAAUGUUGGACGCACCUAUGAUUCAACCACAGGUGUGUUCACUGCUCCAGUGAAAGGAGUCUACUUCUUUACCUUCACCACCUACAGCUGGGUGGCAGAGGCAGACAUCGGUGUCAAGCUGAUGAAGAACAAUGAGGAGGUAUUGCUGGUUUGGGAAUGGCAGGACAAAGGUGACAAUGAGGACUAUGCCUCCAACUCGGUGCUACUGAAGCUAGAGGUGGGUGACAAGGUGUACAUGCGCCUCCCCAAAGGAUACCAAGUUGCAGCCAGCAAAAACUCCAAUAUUCAUACUUUCAGUGGAUUCUUGCUCUACCCUUUUCACAACAGUGAAGAUCAGUCAAGAGAGGUGGCCUUCACUGCAGCUCUUCAGCCUUCAUCACCAGAUGAUAGUGGUUUUGGGAGAAUAGGACCUUUUGGCACUGAGAUCACCUUGGAAUAUGGCAAAGUUCUGACAAAUGUUGGCCGCGCAUAUGAUUCGAAUAUAGGUGUGUUCACUGCUCCAGUGAAAGGAGUCUACUUCUUUACCUUUACCACCUACAGCUGGGUGAAGGAGGAGGACAUCGGUGUCAAGCUGAUGAAGAACAAUGAGGAGGUAUUGCUGGUUUGGGAAUGGCAGGACAAAGGUGACAAUGAGGACUAUGCCUCCAACUCGGUGCUACUGAAGCUAGAGGUGGGUGACAAGGUGUACAUGCGCCUCCCCAAAGGAUACCAAGUUGCAGCCAGCAAAAACUCCAAUAUUCAUACUUUCAGUGGAUUCUUGCUCUACCCUUUUCACGACAGUGAAGAUCAGUCAAGAGAGGUGGCCUUUACUGCAGCUCUUCAGCCUUCAUCAUGGGAUGAUAGUGGUUUUGGGAGAAUAGGACCUUUUGACAGCGAGAUCACCUUGGUCCACGGCAAAGCUCUGACUAAUGUCGGAGGCGCCUAUGAUUCAAAUAUAGGUGUGUUUACCGCUCCAGUGAAAGGAGUCUACUUCUUUACCUUCACCACCUACAGCUGGGUGGCAGAGGCAGACAUCGGUGUCAAGCUAAUGAAGAACAAUGAGGAGGUAUUGCUGGUUUGGGAAUGGCAGGACAAAGGUGACAAUGAGGACUAUGCCUCCAACUCGGUACUACUGGAGCUAGAGGUGGGGGACAGGGUGUACAUGCGCCUUCCCAAAGGAUACCAGGUUGCAGCCAGUAUAAAGUCCAAUAUUCAUACUUUCAGUGGAUUUUUGCUCUACUCCACACCCACAUCUACACCACAGUAGACCAUUUGAUGGAUUUGUGAGAGCAGAUGCUUUACUGUAAGAGGAGGAAAGUUUAAAAAAGAUUAAAACCAUGGAAAUUCAGUGUAAGAUUUCAUGGCUACCAAUAAAAUAAACCAAUAAAAUAAAAA